UUUGAGAAUUUAUACUUCCCUCUUCCUUUUUCUCAUUUUCUCUGGUUCAGUAUUUCCAUGGCGGUUCUUCUUCUUCUCAAUCUGUGUAUAUUUUAGUAAUCAUUCAAUUCUCUCUUCUAAACCCUAGUUCUUGGUGGCUACGAAUCACCAUCACAGUUGAAGUAAAAUGAUCGCACAUUUACUUACUAUGUCUGUACCUAAUAAUAGCCUCUUUCACCGUGAUAUCAGUAGAAGCUCGAUCACAGCUUCACUCCGUCAACAAGUUGAAUCUUCUUCAGAUUUCCAUACAACUAUACAGACCUUUGAUGGGUCUAAAGAAAGGAUUAAGAAAUUAUUCAACAAGAUUGAGAUUUCUGCUUCUCCGUAUGACACUGCAUGGGUAGCAAUGGUCCCUUCUCCGUAUUCGUCUCAGCUUCCAUGUUUUCCUGCAUGCAUAGAUUGGUUAGUUGAUAAUCAGCUUAUUGAUGGUUCAUGGGGUCCUGUCCAUAAUGGUCCUGUAGUUAUCAAAGAGGCUUUAUCAUCUACCUUAGCAUGUGUGCUUGCACUAAAGCAAUGGGGAAUUGGUGAAGAACAUGUAAAUAAAGGUCUACAAUUUAUUGAGUCAAACAUCACCUCAGCUAUUGAUGAGAAUACAAAUUCUCCUGUUGGGUUUGAAAUAAUAUUUCCCCAUAUGAUGAGGCGUGUUGAAGAAUUAGGACUCAAUGUUCCCAUUGACCCAAAGGAUUUGAAUGCUAUGCUUAGCAAGAGGGAGUUAGAGCUCAAAAGGUGUUUCUCAGAAGGGAGGCGGUCCUAUUUAGCUUUUAUUUCUGAAGGAAUAGAAGGGGGGUCAAAUGACUGGAAAAUGGUCAUGAAAUACCAAAGGAAGAAUGGUUCACUAUUCAACUCUCCAUCCACCACAGCAGCAGCCUUCAUGCAUCUUAAGGAUGCUGGUUGUCUAAAUUACCUUUUUUCAGUCACAAAAAAGUUUGGCAGUGCUGUUUCAGUUGCAUAUCCACUGGAUAUAUACGUGCGUCUCUCUAUGGUUGAUCAGCUUACACGACUGGGAAUUGAACGUCAUUUUACCGAUGAAAUUAGGAGUGUUUUGGAUGAAACUUACGGGUGUUGGUUGCUGAAUGAUGAACAGAUAUUCCAUGACAUUGCAACAAGUUCCAUGGCAUUCCGAUUGUUGCGCCUUAAUGGGUACAAUGUUUCUUCAGAUCCAUUAACUCGAACUUCCAGUACUGAAGAUGAUUUCAUUUUUCCUGAACAACACUCAAAGACAAUUGAUGACGCUCUUGAAUCAUACAAGGCUUUGCAGUUUACUCUAGAGAAACAUCAUUUGCGGUCUUCUGAAUUCCUCAAAGAGAAGCUUUCGAGUUGUUUGAUCAACAAAAAUGAUCUUAAUAAGUAUAUCACCCAAGAGGUAGAUGAUGCCCUGAAGUUUCCAUUCCAUGCAGAUCUGGUACGCAUUGCUAAUAGGAGAAACAUUGAGCAGUACAAGAUAAAUCGCUCAAUGCUUCUAAAAUCUUCAUACAGUUCGCCGAAUAUUGGUAAUGAAGAUUUCUUGAAGGUGGCUGUGGAAGAUUUCAACACUUGUCAAUCCAUACAUCGUGAAGAACUUGAAAAACUCGAGAGGUGGACUGUAGAAUAUAAGCUAGAUAAGCUACAAUUUGCAAGGCAAAAAUCAGCGUACUGUUACUUCUCUGCUGCAGCGUCGUUGCCCUCUCCUGAACAUUCUGAUGCUCGUGUUUCAUGGGCAAAAAACGGUGUGCUCACAACUGUGGUCGAUGAUUUCUUUGAUAUAGGAGGUUCUCCUGAGGAGUUGAAGAAUCUUAUACAACUGGUUGAAAAAUGGGAUGUAGAUCUAGAAACUGAUUGCAUCUCUGAGAAUGUUCAGAUACUAUUUUCAGCACUCCAUGAUACAAUCUGUGGUAUUGGAACUAAUGCAUUAGCAUUCCAGGGACGUUCAGUUACCAGCCACAUAAUUGAAAUAUGGUUGGAUUUGCUUAAUUCUAUGCUGCAAGAAGCAAUAUGGACAAGAGAUAAAACAGUGCCAACAAUGGAUGAUUACCUCUCUAAUGCCUUUGUGUCAUUUGCCUUGGGACCAAUCGUUCUCCCAGCUCUCUAUCUUGUAGGUUCUAAGCUAUCAGAUGAAGCUGCCCGCAGUUUUGAAAUUCAAAGUCUAUACAAAUUUAUGAGCACUUCUGGCCGUAUCCUCAACGAUAUAAGAGGAUUCGAGAGAGAAUCGAAGGAAGGGAAACUAAAUGCAGUAUCACUCUAUAUGAUUGAGAGAAACGGGGAGGUUACAGAAGAAGAGGCAAUCGAGAAUCUGAUGGGGAUUGUCUCACAACAAAGGAGAGAGCUUCUGGGAUUAGUGUUGAAGGUGGAAGAAGACGGUGCAGUUCCGAGAGCCAUUAAAGAAGUAUUCUGGAAAAUGGUUCAGGUUUUGCAUAUCUUUUAUGCUAAAGAUGAUGGGUUCACUUCUAAUGCUAUGGUUAAUGCAGUGAAAUCAAUCAUAUAUCAACCAAUUUCUCAUCCUCAAAUAAAAUGAUGUUAAAUAGGUUAGGUUGGGUUGGGUUGGGGGGUUGGGAAAUACUUUUGAAUAAAUGUUAUACUAUAUGAUACUUUGGGGGUUAAUAGCUAUCUUUAAAUAAUUUUGGCCUUUUUGUAAACAGUUUUUUUGAAAAGUCCAUAUCUUGAUUAGAAAUCAAUAAU